UCCAAGUCGCGCUGAAGUUGCCUUGCAAAGUCGCUGUAAGUCGGGUUGCCCCUGUGUAAACCGGCUCUAAAGGGAAAGAGAAGAGGGCUGCUCACAUAAAACUGUGUGAGUGAAGGGCAAUAAGUGGUGUAGUGUAAUUGUAGUGUAAUAAGUGCGGUAUUGUGAUUGUAGUGCAAUAAGUGUUGUAGUAUGAGUGCAGUUUAGUACGUGCUGUAGUGUGAUUGUAGUGUAAUAAGUGCUGUAGUGUGAGUGGAAGGUAGCAAGCGCUGUAGCUGUGGGCAGGUUGGUUGGUGUAGUUAGCUGUUUGCGGUGGAAGUUAAAAGCAGUGUGAGCAGAUGGUAGUAAUUACUUAGUUUUAAUGUGAACAGAGGGUAGUUAUUACUUACGGUAAGUUUAAUGUGAACACAGGGUAGUAAGUGGAGCACUGUGAUUUGACAUAUAGAAGCAGUCAGUGUGGGAAAAGCAGACAGGAGGUGAAUGGCCAUGGAGGAGCCAUGGAUCCGGACCAUCCAGAGACUUUUCUACCCCAUCAUGUGUGUAUUCGGUCUCCCAGCCAGUAUAGUGACCAUGGCCGUCUUGUGGAAGGGGAACCUGGACAUGUCCAAGUCCAUUGUCUACUACUUGGUGUCAUUGGCUGUUGCCAAUAUCCUCCUCAUCCUGGUGGUGACCAUUUUCCGGGACAUCUUUUACUUCUAUGUUGAUUUUACACUUUACUGGCCCGAACCAUCUUGCGGUGUCAGCAACUGGAUAUACUUUACUUGUGUGUACUCUCUAACAUGGUUGACGGUAGCCUUUUCAUUUGACCGUUAUGUCAUUGUUUGUUGUAUGAAGUUGAAGCUUCGGUACUGCAGGCCUUCAGUCACAAGGUGGGUCAUUCUUGGUGUUUACACAAGCGCUUUCCUUGUGGCCAUGCCAACCUUCUGGAUGUAUGUUCCCAUCCGUACCAUCCAACCUGAUGGUACCAUCUUCCAUAUCUGCUCCCUCCACCGCAAUCUGAGCUCCAUUCCAUUUCUGUCAGUCUACGACCAUAUCCAGACCACUGUGUGGAUUGUCUUUCCUCUUCUGUCACUCAUAUUGACAAAUGGCUUGACAGUGUGGCAUAUCAAGAUGACCACCAGAGUGAGGCAAGUCCUGAAGACAAAUGGGGGAAAGCAGUCAGAUGAUCCAGAGGUGUUACGCAGGAAGAGGUCUGUGACCUUGCUGGCAAUGAUCUCCAUCUCAUUCCUGGCUCACUGGCUGCCUAAGAUGGUAAUCAAAGUGGUAGAGAGGGUCACCUACCCACCAGUGAAUCGAUAUGACUUCUACCACCCAGUGAAUGUGGUAAGGAUGCUCUGCAAUAUGCUGAUUGUAUUCAGCUCAUUCAGUAAUGUUUGCAUCUACUCCCUCACUGUCACCAAAUUCCGAGAGGAACUCUUUCGUGGGGUCAAGGUCUUCCUCUGCCGAAUAUCCACCUCAUAUUUCCCACCUUCUAAACCUAUGAAUGUAUUUGCUAUAUGAUGCUACAAGAUGGACAGUCAAUUGCUGCCUCAUUUCAGAAGACAAAAGGAGAUCAGAACUGAAUUAUGCAGACAAACAUUUUCCUAAACGUAGAGUGGUAUUUCAGUAGAUGAACAACUGUUAGAUCCACAUUCAUUUCUAAGACCUGCAGGAUUGUUGUGUUUUUCUGGACAGUAAAAAGUGUGCAAAAUAUGUGUAGGUUUUAGUUUGGGUGUGUGUUUCGGGGUUGUACAGGUACAACUAAUGCCGCCUACAUGAUCGGAAAUUCCGACAAGAAAAGUUCGAUGUGAGCUUUUGGAUGGAAAUUCUGACCGUGUGUAUGCU